AUGAGGAACAGUUUUAAUUUUAACAAACACCACCUGGUCCUCACCCUCCUCCUCGUCCUGCACCUAAUCACAACCGUUCAUUCACGUUACCUCUCUUAUGAUUCGUCUGAUCUAAUCUCCGAUGGCGUCCACAACAACCAUUACCAUGAUCAAACAACAUCGCCUUUCCAUCUCGCACUCAAGAGUAGUACUGCAGAGGAGACGUGCGAGCAGACCUACGGCUUCUUGCCCUGCACUAAGACGGUGGUUGGAAACUUGUUUUUGAUACUCGUGUAUGGUUACUUGAUGUUUCUAGCCGCUACUUAUCUGUCCGGUGGGAGUGAGCUCUUGCUUGCGAUUUUGGGACCUGGUAUUGUUGGUGGCUUGUUUCUCCCUAUUCUUGGCGCUCUUCCUGAUGCAAUGCUCAUUCUCGUCUCUGGACUUUCUGGAAGUAAAGAAACUGCUCAAAAUCAGGUUUCGGUUGGAAUGGGCUUGCUGGCUGGGUCAACUGUGAUGCUUAUUACAAUUAUUUGGGGAUCAUGUGUUGUUGUCGGCAAAUGUGACAUUCGGGAGACUGAUGAUGUUGCAAUAGAUGGAAAAAACACAAAAGAAUUCAGCUUAACUGGCAGCGGAGUCAGUACUGAUAUUUGGACAUGCUACGCUGCAAGGAUAAUGGCUGUAUCUGUUCUUCCAUUUAUUGUUGUUCAACUACCACAAGUCCUCCAUUCAACUUCAGGAAGGCACUUAGCAGUCUUGAUUGGGCUAAUUUUAUCUCUUGCUAUGUUGAUAUCUUACUGUCUUUAUCAGUCAGAUGGUGCAAAUGUUUCUGCAUUCAAUAACAUGCUUAAUGGUGAAGUCUUUCAGCCUUGGAUCCAGAAGAGACGACUUGCUUAUGCGAAGCACAAACAUGUGAUAUCGGGAAUUUUAAAGCAUUUAAAACAGCGUGCUUUAGGAAGGCUUAUGACUGAUGAAGGUGUACUGGAUGAAGACGUUGUACAAAAGUUGUUCCACACUAUUGAUGAGAAUGGUGAUGGUCGUCUUUCUGCUUCUGAGUUGAAGGCACUGAUCAUAGGAAUCCGGUUUGAAGAGAUUGACUUCGAUAAGGAUGAUGCUGUGGCUGAGUUAAUCAAAGAUUUUGACAAAUCUAAUGAUGAUCACAUUGAUUUGAGGGAGUUCACCAAUGGUAUUAAAAAAUGGCUUGAUGAGGCAAUGCAUGUAGGAGCUGGCUCUCCUAACCCUGGUCCUCGGACAUCGAAGAUUAUAAAUGACUUUCAUGAUAAAACUAGGAGAGAACAUGAUCUAUUGGGACCUGAGGAACGAGAGGAGGAACAUAGUGAUGAGGUUGUUGAGGGUGUUAUAAACCCCAGAUGGACGUCCUUCAAAGCAGCACUGAUGUUGUUGAUAGGUACCAUUAUUGCUGCUGUAUUUGCAGAUCCUCUGGUGGAUGCUGUUGACAAUUUCUCUGAUGCAACGAGUAUUCCUACUUUUUUCAUCUCGUUUAUCGCACUGCCGUUGGCUACUAACUCUAGUGAAGCUGUGUCAGCAAUUAUUUUCGCUAGCCCCAAAGGAAGGAGUACCAAAGCACACUACUAUUCCAUGCAGAAUGCUAUUCGGAUGAUUUCUAUUUCCAUGCCGAAUGCUAUUCAGAUGGUUUCUGGCAUCAUCUCCUCAAAAUGUUCUCAUUUCAGUUGGCCUCUAUAUGGGGCAGUCACUAUGAAUAACGUCCUUUGCCUAUCAGUAUUCUUGGCCCUUGUUUACUUCAGGGGACUUACCUGGGACUUUUCAUCUGAAGUGCUGGUUAUUUGUAUCGUGUGCAUUGUGAUGGGUGCCUUUGGCAGCUUCCGCACCACAUUUCCUCUUUGGACGUGUUUUCCGGCUUACCUCCUGUACCCAUUUUCUUUGGCACUGGUCUAUGUUCUUGAUUAUGUUUUUGGCUGGUCAUAG